CUAAAGGAAGGGCUCGCUCUGGUGGGUGAGGACGCAGAGCUGGUGGGCGGGGGCUCGGCAGGUGUUUUGCUGUUGCACGGGGUUGACGCCGGGAAUCCGCGGGCCGCCUCGGCCCCCAGUGAUCCUGCCAUGGUUCGCGCGGGCCCCGUGGGGACGCAUCUCCCCACGGCCGGCUUGGACAUAUUCGGGGACCUGAGAAAGAUGAACAAGCGCCAGCUCUAUUACCAGGUUUUAAACUUCGCUAUGAUUGUGUCUUCCGCCCUCAUGAUAUGGAAAGGUUUGAUCGUCCUGACUGGCAGCGAGAGCCCAAUCGUGGUGGUGCUGAGUGGCAGCAUGGAGCCAGCCUUCCAUCGGGGAGACCUUCUGUUCCUAACGAAUUUCCUGGAAGAUCCCAUUAGAGCUGGUGAAAUAGUUGUUUUUAAAGUUGAAGGACGAGACAUUCCCAUAGUUCACAGAGUAAUCAAAGUUCAUGAAAAAGACAAUGGAGACAUCAAAUUUCUGACUAAAGGAGAUAAUAAUGAAGUUGAUGACAGAGGCUUGUACAAAGAAGGCCAGAACUGGCUUGAAAAGAAGGAUGUGGUGGGAAGAGCAAGAGGGUUUUUACCAUAUGUUGGUAUGGUAACCAUAAUAAUGAAUGACUAUCCAAAAUUCAAGUAUGCUCUUUUGGCUGUAAUGGGUGCAUAUGUGUUACUAAAACGUGAAUCUUAAAAUGAGAAGCAGUUCCUGGGACCAGAUUGAAAAAGAGAAAAAUUUAACAUAUUUGAAAUGUUCUACUUUCUGUAUUAAAGGAAAGAGUAUGGAGAUGUUUGUCUUGUCCAAAUAAAUGUUUCGUCAAUAAAGAGUG